AUGGUGGCCUCGCUGCACCUCCAAAUAAUCAGCGGAUUUGUCUUCCUGCUCGCUGCCUACCUACUGAAGAAACUCGAAGCGAAGCGGGGACGCGAGCCGCUCCCGCCUGGACCGAAAGGCUUGCCCAUCCUCGGCAAUAUCUUGCAAUGGCCCAAAGAGGCGGGCUGGAAGACGUUCGCGGAGUGGCGGAGAACAUACGGUGACAUCGUCUACUGCAACCUCGCCGGCGACCCCUGGGUAGUGCUCAACUCCCCCCAGGCGGCCCAGGAUCUGUUCGAGAAGAAGGGCAGCAUCUACUGCGACCGGCCGUACAUGACGAUGUCGUCCGAGCUCGUCGGCUGGCGCGAGACUCUGCUCGACAUCGCGCCGUAUGAUGAACGCACGCGCGAGCUUCGGCGGCUCAUCACCAAGCAGCUCGGCAGCAAGACCAACCUCGGUGGCUACGCGGACCUACUGCAGACGCAGGUGCAGCGCUUCCUGCGUCGCGUGCUGGACGAUCCGGAGUCGGAACGGCUGGGGACGCACAUCCGGACGACGAUCGCCGCCGUUAUACUGGACAUCGCGUACGGGUACGAGGUGCAGGAGAAGGACGACCCGUUGAUUCGCCUUGCGGACGGGACGCUUAAGGAGCUCGUGCAGGUCCUCACGCCGGGCGCGUACCUCGUCGACUCCCUACCCCUCCUCCGCCACAUACCCGAUUGGCUCCCUGGCGCCGGGUUCAAACGCGUGGCGGCGCGGAUGCGGCGGCAUCGCGAAGAGCUCGUCGACACGCCCUUUCUCCGCGUCAAAGAGCAGCUCGCGCACGGCACCGCCAAGCCGUCCUUCACGGCGAGCCUGCUUGAGCAACCUGGCGUGACCUCGGCGGACGAAGACUUCAUCAAAGCCGCCGCGUCCAUCAUCUACACCGGCGGGUCGGACACCACGAUCCCGAACGCGCACUCCUUCUUCCUCGCGAUGACGCUCCACCCCUCCGCCCAAGCCACCGCCCAAGCCGAGCUCGACCGCGUCGUCGGCCCGGACCGGCUACCGACGCUCGCCGACCGCCCGAUGCUGCCGUACGUCGACGCCCUCGCGCGGGAGGUGCUCCGGCGCUACCCCGCCAUCCCUCAAGGCCUGCCGCACGUGUCACGCGAGGAAGACGUCUACGCCGGUUUCCGGAUCCCCAAGGGCGCGAACGUCAUCGCCAACAUCUGGCGGUUCUGUCGCGACCCGGCGACGUACGCCGACCCGCUCGCGUUCAAACCCGAGCGCUUCUUGGGACCGACGCCCGAGCGCGACCCGCGCGAUUUCGUGUUCGGGUUCGGAAGACGCGUGUGUCCCGGCAUCAACCUCGCCGACUCCUGGGUCUUCCUCGCUGUCGCCAUGUCCCUCGCGACGCUCUCCAUCUCCCCCGCGACCGACGCGGACGGGAACGCGAUCAUCCCGAAAGAGGAGCACACAACGGGCGUCAUAAGCUACCCGAAACCCUUCCCUUGUUCCAUCAAACCAAGAUCAUCCAAGGCCGAAGCGCUCGUACGCGCCCUCGACUGAACGAACGCCCAUCUCCCUCCCCGGUGGACGCACCGGUGCUCCAUACUCGUACGCAUCGAGACGCGGCCCUCAAU